AUGGAGAGUGGGGGCGAGAUCACGCCUGUGCAAAACAGCAUUGACGACACACUGAUCGCAGCAGCUGCUGCAGCUGCCGCCAUUGCCUCAUCGGGGAGCCGCCGCACACAACCUCCCGCACCGCAACGGAGGAAUUGGGCUGCUCGGCUGAGCGUGUACUUCUGCUUCGGGUCUCCGAAGAAUGGGCGGCGCAUCAACCAUGCUGCACUUUUCCCUGAACCCACGGCUCCAAGGACAAAUGCAGCUGCAGGAGAAAUUCCAAUCCACCCACCGCCUCCUCUACUCCCGUUUGUCGCGCCUCCAUCCUCUCCAGCUUCUUUUCAACAAUCAGAACCAUCAUCUGUUGUUCAAUCGCCAAGUACAGGCGCUCCACCAUUUUCACCCCUCUCGCCGAAUUCCCCAUCAUCCAUAGGGCCAACAUCCAUUUUUGCUAUUGGGCCAUAUGCGCAUGAGACAGAGCUAGUCUCACCUCCAGUGUUCUCGGCCUUCACUACUGAACCAUCAACUGCUCCUUUCACUCCACCGGAAUCUGUCCAUCUGACGACCCCUUCCUCUCCGGAGGUCCCAUAUGGCGAGCUUCUGACUUCGGUGAACAACAGCAAGAAUGGUGAAACAGGUGACCUUCAGUCGUAUCCUUCUCACCCGGACAGCCCAAUAGGCCACCAGCUGGCAUAUCCAAGCUCAGGUUAUUCUGGCCAUAUGCACAAUGGCAGUUCCCUAUUGGAUGCCCACAUUACAGCAGCUGUACCAGUUGCAGACUUCUCUGCCCGCCUUCAACACAAUGAUCAUGCUAUGGAUCGUCGGGCAUCAUUUGGGUUGACUGCAGAAGAUGUGGCGCGCUGCCUAGAAAAGAAAAUUGCUAAUGCUGGGGAUUCUGUCUCAGCAUCAUUUCGUCUUGCCCCCACCAGCAGUGGCAGUAACACGAGGGAGUCUAAUGAUACAAUGGCGGGGCUAUACAUCGACGAAACAUACCACGACUUGCCUGAGAAAGCAAGGCGGUCUCUGUCCCUUCGCCUGAACAAAGAGUUCAACUUCAACAUUGAUGAUUGUACUACUGUGGAUCCAAGCGUGGGUUCUAGCUGGUGGGCAAAUGACAAGGUUACUGGGAUCACUGCAGAGCCAGAAAAAAGCUAA